AUCGUCUGCGUCGACCCCUCCGUCUUUUUUGUUUUCAGCGUUCUGUGUUCUGCCACGACCGGCCUCGGAUGGAGUCUCUCAACCUGAACAACCUCGCCAGCUCGCUCCCGGCCUCCAGCUAUGCCAAGGCGGAGAACGAGCUUACGAACAACUUCAGAGCUGCCGCCCUAAGCCUCACUACCCUCUUUCGCUCUUCGAAGACCGCCUCCAAGCGCGCGUACAACGCUGGAUACGCAGCAGCAUGCCAAGAUCUCCUCAACAUGAUUCAGCAGGGCGUCUCCACGGACGCCGAUCCAAGCCGCGAAGUCACCAUCGGGAGGAUCAUGGACUACAUCGAGGCCCGACUCGAGGCCAUCAAGGCCCGCGAAGAGGAGGAGGACGAGGAGGAGGAGCGGUCGUCCAAGGCGGGCCCCAGCACGUCGAAGCCGAAGCCCCCUAGUCCCCCGCUGGCCCCGGCGCGGGCCCGCGAGACGGCCGUCGUAGCGCCGCCGACGCCGUACACCCCGUCCACGAUGGAUACGUCUCGCACGUACGCCGCACCCGCGCUAUCUUCUCCGACGCCCGCCGCAGCGCCCCUGCGCCCCGUAUCAGCGGCCAUCCAGCCCCUUUCGCGCGCCUCCAAGGCCCGCUUCAUACCCUCUGUCAACGCUAAGGACCUCUCGUCCGUCCCACUCCCCGCUCCCGCCGCCUUGCCCUUCGCGUUCGAGCCUCCAGCGGUCACGGACGUCACCGUCCCUUCCAUGGGCGCACUCCCUGACUCCGCCGCCCCCUCGCUCAACGCUACGCUGAAGCGUCGGCGAGAGGCGACCGGUAUGGACGCUCCGCCGGCGCCCGGAUCGGGCGCGGAAGCGAUGACUGGUGCGGUGGGCGGUUCGGGCACGAGCCGGCGGCGCACGCGCAGCUGGCGCAACUCCGACCAGCACGGCGCGCACCAACACCAACAUCAGCAGCAUCAACAGCAGCUGGACGAGACUAUGGAUGUAGAGGAGGAGGGUCCGCAGCGGAAGCGCGUCGCGCGGCGGUGAGAUUCGGUGAUGCAGGUGUGGCGGACCGCGUUCUUUUAGUUUUCGUUUUAGUAUGCAUUCGCCCUUCUUUACAUACGACGCUGGCGGGACGGUGCGUUUGCGGCAGUCGCGUUUACAUGAGCACAUGAUGAUUGUAUCCUAUAGCCAUAUGAUGUUUGUUGCGUAACCUUAUGUUUGGCCGUGGCUGCAAUUGUAUAACAUGUUCAUU